CGCCACCUAGCUUACAAUACAAUCCCGAAUAAAGUUGUAGCUACUAGACUGAUCUGAGAUGGUAACAUGCGCUCUUGCUUGAGCAUGAGCCGCACAAUUCGCAGAUCAUUUACAGAAAGAGAUCUCAUAACUACUCUUUUUGAAGUAAAAAAUGAGUGUCGUCAAUAAUCAGAUCCAAGUAUAUAAUGCCUCCUCCUUUCUGGACUCCUUGAACAAUGACCUGUGCAUCUGACUCUCUCUCGAUCAACAUUUUCCCAUCCUUCCUUGAUAGCUUCCAAAAUUGCCUCCCGUAUUCCCACCGCUUCUGCUUCCGCCGGAGUCCAUUCUGCCUUGCAUGAAGCACCCCGCACCUUCACAAAAUCACCCUGAUCAUUUCUGGCAAGCCAACCCCAUGCCCUUAUUCCCCCGGUGCAAACAACCGUCGCAUCCACAUUAAUGUUAAUUCCUCCCAUUCUUGGUCAUUUCCAGCUCUCAUAUUCACUCCUCUCACUGCUUCUCAGUUUGGCUACCUUCUGUUGCGCAUCUCUCCAUACCUGCAGCACACUUGCGCUGCAAUUGAUAACGUUGGCCGUGUUCUGCCAGUCAUUCUCCCACAUGAACGUAUUCAUGCGCUUCCACAGACUCCAAGCCAGUAAUGUUGUCUUGCACCUUCGUUCCUUGUCCGGAGCCGUCAGUUCCGCUUGAAGCCAAUCCAUCAGGGACAUCUCUUCGUUGCCUAUGCCCACUCCAGCCUCCAUCCAGACUUCAACCGCUCUCGGACAGAGCCGCAACACAUGAUCCGAGGUUUCAAUUCCCUACAAACAAACUUUACAGGUAUUUUGAACUUCCACUCCCUUCCGUUCCAGAUUCGCUAAUGAUGGAAGCGAUCCAUCCAAAACCUGCCAAAUAAAAUAUUUCACCUUAGGUGGUAUUUUGAGAUCCCAUAAAUCUUUCCAUCCAUUCCACCCUUCGACAACCGCUUCUUGGAUUAAAGCCUUAUAGCAGCUUUUCACAGUAAAAACACCACUUUGUUCUAUAUUCCACCAAAAUCCAUCUUUUUUGUCUCGUAAGCUGAUAGGAAUGCUACUAAUAAUUUUGCUUUCCUCCUCAUUGAAAAUAGCCGCUAUUCUGUUCUUAUUCCAUUUUGUUCCUGUGAUGUCUCUCAAAGCCGCUACAUUCAUAUCUACUAUGCCACCAGGUUUAGCUGAUUGGACCCUUCCAUUCCCCGGACUUGGUAGCCAUGCAUCCGCCCAGACCUGUACCUCCCUACCAUUCCCAACCCGCUGUCUCAAAUUAUUUUUUAGCACGUCCUGGGUCUCAAAAAUACUUCGCCAAAUAUAGGAUGGAUUACUUCCCAAUUUGGCCCUCAAGAAAUCCGAGUUAGGAAAAUACCUCGCCUUUAGGACUCGCCCCAUCAGACUAUCUCGGUUAAAUAGAAGCCUCCACCCUUGCUUGGCCAACAUAGCAAUAUUAAAUUCCUUCAAUUUUCUAAACCCCAAGCCUCCUAACCCUUUUGGCUUACACACAAGUUCCCACAGUCUCCAUCUGAUGCCUCGCUGAUCAAACUUUGUCCCCUUCCACCAGAAGCCAUUCAUUAUUUUUUCAAUCUCGUCACAUAAGUCCCGAGGGAGCAGAAAGACAUUCAUGGCAUAUGUGGGCAUAUCCUGUACUACAUUAAUUCCGAAGCAACACUGCCCUUCCGGCCCGGGAUAAAAAGCGAUUAUUCCAACUUUGUAUCCUAUGAAAAAUUAUAUCCCGAAGGAAUCUAAGGAUAGCAGAUUUCCCUCGGCCCACCAAGCUCGGCAGACCUAUGUAAUUCUGAUGGCCUCCAUCCUGCAAAACUCCAAAAAAAUUACACCCAUAAUCUUUAAAAGCUUCAUUAACAUUGCUACUAAAGGUCAAGGUAGAUUUGGCUAAAUUAACCGCCUGCCCUGAGUUCUCCUCAUACUCUUUCAAUAUCUCCUUCACAAUAUUGCAUUCAUAAGCCGUUGCUCUGAAGAAUAAAAACCCGUCAUCAGCAAAAAAGUAAGUGAGAUACCCGCGGUCCGCGGAGCUCCCCUGCACACCGCAACUCCAUGAAUAUCUCCUCGCUGUUCAGCCUUCCGAAUCAAUGUACUCAAACCCUCCACAACAAGAAUAAAAAGAUAGGGGGAUAGAGGGUCACCCUGGCGCAGUCCCCUUCCCGGCAAAAUAGGACCCAAAAAAUCACCAUCAAACUGGAUGUAAUAAAUGACCGUCCUAACACACUCCAUAAUCAUAUGAACCCAACAACUGCUGAACCCCAUCUUUUUUAAUAUAUUUUCCAAAAAGGACCAGUCCACUCUGUCAUACGCCUUAGUGAUAUCAAGUUUGAGUGCAACAAAUCCCCCUUCCCAUUAUUCUUCCUCUUCAAGUAAUGUUGGGUCUCAAAAGCCACAAUAAUAUUAUCGAUUAUAGAUCUUCCCGGUAUAAAAGCACUCUGGCUCUCUCCAACCAAAGAGCUCAGAAUACCUUUCAAUCUAUUUGCCAAAACUUUUGAAAAAAUUUUGUAGACCACAUUACACAACGCUAUAGGUCUCCAAUCCCCCAUACAGUCAGUCUGGCUUAUCUUUUUUGGGAAUUAAGACAAUAUUUGUAGUAUUAAUAUUAUCGGCCAGAGUACCUAAUUCGAACAUUUUAGCACACAACGCCGAAAUCUCCGGGCCUACAACAUCCCAGUAGGUCUGAAAAAAUGUCGGGUUCAUCCCAUCCGAUCGUGGUGCCUUCUCCGGAUGCAUAUAACAAAUCGCCUCUUUAACCUCCUCCGGCGGACUGAUUGGCUUUAGUAGUGAUUCAUUCUGGUUGUCGUUCACUUGUGCAAAAUCACCACGAAUUUCCACCGUUCGAUCCUCUUCUGGAGUCUGAAAAAGAGAAAUAAAAUAAUUCAUGACUAUUGAGCUCAAUUCAUCCCUGUCCGUAACCCAGGUCCCGUCAGAUUGCCUGAUGCCUAUCAUUUUAUUUUUCCUUCCGCGUUGUUUAACGGCGUUAUGGAAAAAUCGAGAAUUAAUAUCUCCUUCUUUAAGUCAGAAUUCAUUUUCCCUUUGUUUCCAGAACAAAUUCUCCUUCUCCAGUAGUAUCUGUAGAACCGUCCGGAUUUUCAGAAAUUCUAAAACACUCGAUCUGUCCUCUUUACCUCGUAACCAGGCCAACCUCUUUUUGCAAGCCAUGAUCUGGUGUCUGAAACCCCGUUUUCUACCUCUGUCCCAACACAAUAGCUCAUCCCCACAUAAAGCAAUUCUAUCAUUAAUGGACAUAUGAGCAGCCGCCCUCUAGCGGUUAGUGACAACCAGCCGACAUUCAUCCUCCUUUACCCAAUUAUUUUCAAAUUUAAAUUUCUUCUUCCUGCUAUUUUGAUUAGAGAUUUUGAUAUUCACGUAGAGGGUCAUAUGAUCGCUAGCUGGGGCUUCCACCGAGACUGCCUAAGCCUCCAUGAAAGUGUCCCACCACGCGUCAUUCACCAAUAUACGAUCAAGCUUUUCCUCCACCCAAUGCGCCCUGCCCCUGCCCCUGUCCCACGUCCAUUGGUAGCUUGAAAAGGUGAAGUCCCGCAACCCACAACUAUGCACAGCCUCCCGGAAGCCCCAGAUUCUCCAUGGGGGAUGAGGUAUACGCCCCUUCUUCUCGGAAUCAAAGAGAAUGUCGUUCAAAUCUCCGAUCAUCAUCCAUGGGCCACUGCUAUCCGUCGCCAAUUCCUCCAUCAUAGCCCAUGCUUCCCUUCUCCUUCUCGUUUCGGGGAAACCAUAGUAACCCGCCAACCGUCAUGGACAAUCAGUCGCCUUCAAAUUGACUCUGCAGUCAAUGAAAUUCCUCUCGCUCUUCACAAUCUCGACUUCAACGUCAUCUCUCCAUCCCAGAACCAAACCUCCACUCGAGCCUUCACUGUCAAUUCCGUAGGCAUCAUGGAAGCCCUGCUUUCGCAGCAGCUCAUUCACCCUCAAACAUCGCACCUUGAUUUCCAUAAAAAACACAAUCGAAGGCCUGUUUGCGUGCACCAUAUCUGUGAAGCAUUGGUUCGUGGCUGGAUUAUCAAAUCCCCUGCAGUUCCAACUAAGCACGCUCAUUCUUAAUUGAUGAUAGCCAUCCCCUCGAUUUGGCCGCAGAAAACCCUCUGGACGAGAGCGCCGCCGGAACAAACACCUAGGAGAACCCUAGAGACGGCUGCUUUUCUCUGGAACUUCUCAAACAAUGGAGUUAGAAAAAUAAAAAUAAAAAGGGUUGUUGGCCAAGUAUUUAUGGUGUGAUGACGUCACUAACACUCCCAAGAAGGAGUUCACGUGUUCAAAUCUCAUAAUUUAGAACAUACUACUCCGUAGAAUAGCUUAGCAAGAAUUGUUAAUAAAUAAAUAAUAAAUAAAUAAAUAAAAAGGGAUUGAAUAAGCCAAUGAGUUGUCCCUGUGCCCCCCUCAGUACUGCUUGAGUCCGCAUUGCGGCUCUGUUGCAGUUUGCUUCAGGGAAGAAAAAGACCACACCGGAGUUGACAUUGACUGUAACAUAACCCCUGCACAGCUAGCUCGCGAUUACCUUGAGAGUGGAGGGCCAGAAAACACCGCUUUUCAUUUCUCUUUAUUCGAGUGAGCCAGCAUUUUUGGAAUAUAAAAGUUGUCUGGAUUGGUUUGAUCACCAGAAGGGUGCGGUACAUAUGUGAGUAUGUGACUAGCCCUAACCUUGGUUUGAUCCUCUAAUCAAUUUUCCCGCAGAUCUAUUGCAUUGAAUUUCAUAUUUUCAUAGCAUAAUCCCAUUUCCCUGGCUUUCCUAGUUUACAUUUAGUGUUGUUCACUUUUCAUUGUUUUAGAUCAAUCACAUGCUUAGUUUUUCAUUCUUUCAUUGAGCCUGCACUUUAUUAGUUUAAAUUACCUAUUUGAGGCUUACAUGUCUUCCCAAACGUUUGACAACCCCACUUGCAUUUCACUAUACACAUUCUG